AUGAAUUCAGCCGGUCCGCCAUCUGGCGCCGACCAGGCGGGAGAGUCUCCGCCUCGGCGAGCCUCUGGAACGAUGUGGCACCCGGCCAGAGAGUGGCUCGAGGAGGAUGAGGAUGAAGAGGAUAUGGAUUUCGAACCCGAAUCUGAGAUCUCAGAGUAUAGGGAUGAGUUUGGGGAUGAAGAUGAAGACGAUGAUGGUCAAUUUGACCCUGAGCUACAUCUGGGAAAUAUACAUAUUGAGUUCGCCAUGGAAGAUCCUGAUCAAGAGGACAAUGGCGGGGAAGGCCAAGGGGGGCGACAUACUCGAGUAUCGGCUGCUCGAUUGUUGAAUCUGUUGGCUUCCAAUGGGCUACGGCACAUUCUUCAAUAUGAUGGGUGGCGAGGGACGAGACGAGGUGAUGAGGACGAAGAUGAUGACCAAUUCGGCUUCUUGCGAUAUCGAAGAAGGGCCCGUCGCUCCGGGUCUGAUCAUCUACCGAAGGUUCCAAGCGCUGAGGGUACAGAACUCAUGGGAUCCGGCGACUUCGGAGACAAUCCGUACUACGUCGACGAGCUGAAGAAGCGUAAACAAACUCUCGCGACGAAGAUCAUGUGGAGGGAAUUGGGCAUCGAUGUGCCUGGGAGGCGAAGGAUGGCCGUCCAGUCAACUGCGCAAGAUUUGAUACCUGGCUCCGCUGCGGAUAAAAUCAUCCACUACGACUCACGGUGUUACUCAGGCCAAUUCUCCGACGACGGUAACUUCUUCUUCAGCUGUGCGCAGGAUUUCAAAGUCCGAAUGUACGAUACGUCGAACCCGUACGAGUGGAAAUACUACAAGACUGUCGAUUAUCCUUUCGGCCAGUGGACCAUUACCGAUGCAACUUUAAGUCCAGACAACAAAUUCCUGGCGUACAGUUCAAUUCGACCACUUGUUUGCCUUGCACCGACUGACCCAGCUGAUCAAUCCGAACCGUCUGUUCUGGAUCUAUCCUCAGGACGAGCAGGGCGGGGUCCUUACGAUAGCUCGCACACUGGUAUAUGGUCCAUCCGCUUUUCGGGAGAUGGACGGGAACUCGUUGCUGGCAGGUCCGAUAACGCCGUCAUUGUGUAUGACAUCGAAACCCGGCAGUCCGUUUUGAGGCUGCAAAAUCAUGAAGACGAUGUGAAUGCUGUUUGCUUUGGUGACAAGUCCUCGCCGCAUAUUCUUUACUCUGGCUCAGACGACUCGACCAUUCGCGUCUGGGACCGCCGCUCCAUGGCGGAUGGCCGCGAAGCCGGGGCGUUCAUUGGCCAUACCGAAGGUAUCACCUAUGUGGACAGCAAGGGGGAUGGCCGAUAUGUUCUCUCCAAUGGGAAGGACCAGGCCAUGAAAUUGUGGGAUCUGAGGAAGAUGAUGACCACCGCGAAGCUGGACGCAAUCGAUAUCAACAACUACACCACUGGUUAUGAUUACAGAUUCGAACCGUAUCCCGAGGAUUAUUACGAACCCCAUCCCCACGACUGCUCCGUCGUCACUUUCCGAGGCCAUCGGGUCCUGAAAACGUUGAUUCGCUGCCAUUUCUCCCCUCCCGGAAGCACGAACUCGCGGUAUGUCUAUAGCGGCAGUGAAGAUGGUAAGGUAUAUGUUUAUAACCUGGACGCGACUCUCGCUGGGGUUAUUGAUGUUGGACUUGCUACGAUCAAUUCGAGACCGCGUGAUACCGACAUCUUUACUACUACGUAUGAGAUCAGGAGCAGGGGUGGCGAGAUGAUGUGGAAGACCUGCGUUCGAGAUGCAAGUUGGCAUCCGAGCGCUCCAGUAAUGGCCGCCACAUCCUGGAACGGCUGGGGCAUGUCAUCAGGCACUUGCAGUGUGCACAGCUGGAAUGACGGAGUCGGUGACGAUGAGGGCAUCCCGUCAAUCGGGAAGAGCUACGAUUCCAAGCUGAACUACGUGCCGGAAUUCAACCAGUACCGAGAGAACCAAGUGAGAAGUCGGCCUGUCGGAAGGAGUCCGUUGGAUGAAGAACUUGCAUAUGAAUUGUGGUGA